UGUUGUUAAGUGUUAUGUUGAACUCCAAGUGUUAACAUAGAAUCAUCACAACCAUGACGAUGGACGUGAACAAAAGAACGAAUGGAAUUAAAUCAGAAGUAAUCGAAGCUGAAGAGAAGAUAGUGACCACGAAACCAGUAAAGAGGCCGUUCGAUGUUGCUUUCCUGAUGCUUCCGGAUGAAAGACUUAAACACAAAUACAACAACAAAAUAGAUACUACACAAGCCAAUUCUCAAUGCGAAAACAACAACGAAAAGACAAACUGUGAUGCCGUGGAAAAUUUCACAACAAGCAAGUCCGAUUCCAUAUCAAUUAGUCCUAUAGAUCUUCAUAAACUGCAAGGGCAAAAGCUCUUCCAAACGAUUCCUUCGAAGCAACAAGUCUUCGACGAUCCCGCCCUCUUCAAAGUCAAACCGGCUACAGAAGCGGACAUAUACAAACCAAAACUCGUCUUAGAUUCCGAACAAAAAAGCGCUUUUACCAAGGUAAAUCUUCUGAACAAAGACCGAAGAGUAUCGCCAAGUUUGUCGGUAAGUCCUGACAUUAACUACCAGCAAUCGCUUAGCCCUUCGCCUCCGAAUCUUUCAUCUAGAAACAUUCAAAGCUUCCAAUCUCCGGUCAUGUCUCCAACGCAGGUGUUUCGAACCCAGAAUAUGCCACCAUAUCAAACUCAUCUCGUCCAAGACUCGUUUGCCGCAACUCAUUCCGGCGCUGACAUGGAACACCACUUUAUACCAAAAAAUCACGCGGCAGAUCUCUUACAUCCAACAUUUUCAAAAAUGAGACCUAUGCUGGGACAAUACAGGCCCGAUAUCAGCUACAGUUAUCCCCAAUUUCCCGCACAGGACGUUCUCAAAAUCGGAAACCCCGAACUAAAAUUUCCACCUGAUAUCAGGAAUCCUGCGGCAGCUAUACUCACGACGCUUCUACCACCUUCGUUGGCCGCUUUAUCGCUUCCCGCACAAAAUGUUUGUGCCAAGUGCAAUGUUAGUUUUAGAAUGACCUCCGACCUGGUAUACCACAUGCGGUCACACCAUAAAAACGAUGCCGUGGAUGUGACCAGAAGGAAAAGGGAGGAAAAGUUAAAAUGUCCAGUGUGCACCGCGUCCUUCAGAGAAAGGCAUCAUCUCACCAGACAUAUGACCGCUCAUCAGGACAAAGAUGAAGAUGACGAUGAGCCGCCCGAAGCGAAGAAAAAAAGUCAUUCCAAGUGA